GCUCCUUCUCCUCCCAGGGACCCAAACACAGACCUCAGGACUCAACACAGCUUUUCCCUCCAACUCCGUUUUCUCUCCCUUGAGGACUCAGCUUUCUGAAGCCCCUCCCAGUUCUCCCUCUUUUUCCUGCAUCCUGUCUGGGCAUCAGAGGGAAACAGACCACAGACCUGGUCCCCAACAGAAAUUCAGACAAUAGGCUUUGAGAGGCAUGGGGGAAAGGACUUCAGCCUCCAGGGUCCUACACACAAAUCCGUCACUAGCCCAAAAGGGCCCCUUGGAAUCGGAGCAGGGAGGGUGGGGAGUAUGAGGAGUAUCCUUGAUGUUUGGGUGUCCCCAACUUUCCAAAUCUCCACCCCCGUGAUGGAGAAGAAACGGAGACUGAAGCUUUAGGGCCCACUACCGCUUCCUCCAGAUGAGCUCAUGGGUUUCUCCACCAAGGAAGUUUUCCGCUGGUUGAUUGAUUCUUUCCCCGCCCUCCUCUCCCCUCAGGGACUUUAUAAAGGCAGUUGUUUCACACCCAGCCAGCAGACGCUCCCUCAGCAAGGACAGCAGAGGACCAGCCAAGAGGGAGAGAAGCAAUUCCAGACCCCCCUGAAAACAACCCUCAGACACCACAUCCCCCGACAAGCUGCCAGGAGGGUUAUCUCCCUCUCACAUACUGCCCCAAGGCUCCACCCUCUCUCCCUUGGAAAGAACAGCCAUGAGCACUGAAACCAUGAUCCAGGACGUGGAGCUGGCCGAGGAGGCGCUCUCCAAGACCAGGGGGCCCCAGGGCUCCAGGCAGCGCUGGUUCCUCAGCCUCUGCUCCUUCCUGCUCGUAGCAGGUGCCACCGCGCUCUUCUGCCUGCUGCACUUCGGAGUGAUCGGCCCCCAGACGGAAGAGGUGAGUGCCUUGCCAGCCUUCAUCACUCUCCCACCCAAGGGGAAGUAGAGACGCAAGAGAGGGAGGGAGACGGAAUGGGCAAAAGACGUGUGCUGACAGGGAGGGAUGGAGAGAAAAAAUGUGGAGAAAGAUGGGGAUGCAGAAAGAGAUGUGCCAAGAGAUGGGAAGAGAGAGAGAAAGAUGGAGAGACAGGCUGUCUGGCACACAGGAGGUGUCCACUAAGUGUGUAUGGAGUGAAAGAAUGAAUGAAUGAAUGAAUGAGCAAGCAGAUAUAUAUAUAAGAUAUGGAGACAGAUGUGGGUGUAACAGAGAGAUGGGGAAGAAACAAGUGAUACGAAUAAAGAUGAUGAGACAGAAAGAGAUGUGGGAGAUAUGAGAGAGAACUAAGGAGAGAGACGAGGACGAUAAGGAGAGAUGAAGAUAGGAUGUCUGGCGCACAGAAGACACUCAGUGAGAGUUGUUGAAUGCAGGGAGGGUGAAUACACGGAUGAAUGGAGAAAAAAAAGCAGACACUCAGGGCUCAGAGCGCAGGCCAGGCAGGCAGCCAGCUGUUCCUCCUUUCAGGGCGCCUCCCUCGAUGCUAACCAUUCUCCUUCUCCUCAACAGCCCUCCAAGGACCGCUCUCCAAUCAGCUCUCUGGCCCUGGCAGUCAGAUCAUCUUCUCAAAUCCCGAGUGACAAGCCUGUAGCCCAUGUUGUAGCAAACCCUCAGGCUGAGGGGCAGCUCCAGUGGCUGAACCGCCGGGCCAAUGCCCUCCUGGCCAAUGGCGUGGAGCUGAGAGAUAACCAGCUGGUGGUGCCAUCAGAGGGGCUGUACCUCGUCUACUCCCAGGUCCUCUUCAAGGGCCAAGGCUGCCCCUCCACCUUUAUGCCCCUCACCCACAGCAUCAGCCGCAUCGCUGUCUCCUACCAGGCCAAGGUCAAUCUCCUCUCUGCCAUCAAGAGCCCCUGCCAGAGGGAGACCCCACGGGGCGCUAAGACCAAUCCCUGGUAUGAGCCCAUCUACCUGGGAGGGGUCUUCCAGCUGGAGAAGGGUGAUCGACUCAGCGCUGAGAUCAAUAUGCCUGAGUAUCUCGACUUGGCUGAGUCUGGGCAGGUCUACUUUGGGAUCAUUGGCCUGUGAGGAGGACGGACGUCCAUCCUUCCCAAGCCCCUCCCCUGCCCCAACCCCUUUAUUAUCCCCUCCUUCAGACACCCUCAUCCUCUACUGGCUUAAAAGAGAAUUAGGGGCUUAGGGUCGGACGCCAGGCUUAGAACUUUAAGCAACACCACCACCACUUCGAAACCCGGGACUCAGGAAAGUGUGGCCUGCAUAGCAAAGCACUGGCAACCACCAAGACUUCAGACUGGGGCCUCCAGAACUCACUGGGGCCUAUAGCUUUGAUCCCUGAACUCAGUCUGUGACAUCUGGAAUCUGGGGACCUGGAGCCUUUGGUUCCGGCCAGAACGCUGCAGGGCUUGAGGAGACCUCACCCAGAAGUUGACAUGAGUGACCUCGGCCUUCCUUUCUCCAGAUGUUUCCAGACUCCCCUGAGACACAGAGCCCGGCCCUCCCCAUGAAGCCAGCCCCUCUAUUUAUGUUUGCACCUGUGAUUAUUUAUUAUUUAUUUAUUAUUUAUUUAUUUACCGACGAAUAUGUAUUUAUUUAGGAGGUUGAGGUAUCCCGGAGGACCCAGUGUAGGAGCUGCCUUGGCUAGACAUGUUUUCUGUGAAAACAGAGCUGAAUAAUAGGCUGUUCCCACGUGGCCUCCUGGCCUCUGUGCCUUCUUUUGAUUAUGUUUUUUAAAAUACUCAUCUGAUUAAGUUGUCUGAACAAUACUGGUUUGGUGACCGACUGUCACUCAUUGCUGAACCUCUGCUCCCCAGGGGAGUUGUCUGUAAUCGCCCUACUAUUCAGUGGCGAGAAAUAAAGUUUGCUUAGAAAAGAAA